GAAAUGCGUUAGCACAUUUUUGAGGUAUGCUGUGAUCGAUUGUUUGACAACCCUAGUCGCACUGUUUGCGACGCCGCGUAAAAUUUUGUGACGAAUUCGGAAAUAUUUUUAUUCGCGCUGAAAUAGUUAUAUUUUUUUGUGUGGAACGCGUCCCAGGCAAAUGCUCUCGUGUGUGCAAGCGUUGCUGACUGCGUAACUCCGCCGAAGACAGAAAAUAACAGUAAUGCGAAAGACCCGCUCGCAGACGGCUCGCACGCAGGCGGAAAAUGCCGCAACUUCCAACAUCGCCGGCCAGCAAUCAUCAUCGUCUGCGGUCUCAGCACUGAGCACCUUUGAUACGAGCAAAUACAAGGAAUGUGAGCAGAUGGUGCAGAUGCUCCGAGUGGUAGAGCUGCAAAAAAUCUUAUCGUUUCUGAACAUCUCCUUCGCUGGCCGAAAAACCGAUCUGCAGGCACGCAUCCUCUCGUUUCUGCGCACCAACUUGGAACUGCUCGCCCCGAAGGUGCAGGAAGUCUACGCCCAAUCCGUGCAAGAACAAAGCCCCACCCUGCAGUACUUAGAUCCAACCAGAAUGUAUUCGCACAUGCAGCUACCGCCUGCCGUGCAGCCCAAUUCCGUGGUGGGCAGCCUGGUAGGCGGUGGCCCCGGCGGUCAGGUGCCGGGUGCCCAGAUACCAGUGGUCGGCGGUGCACCAUUUUUACAUGCGCACAGUAUCAACAGCCAGCUGCCCAUCCAUCCGGACGUGCGGCUGAAGAAGCUCGCCUUCUACGAUGUGCUCGGCACACUGAUAAAGCCUUCGACGCUGGUGCCUCGCAACACACAGCGUGUCCAAGAGGUGCCUUUUUAUUUCACACUAACGCCGCAACAGGCCACCGAGAUAGCCUCCAAUCGUGACAUCCGCAAUAGUUCCAAAGUAGAGCACGCCAUCCAGGUGCAACUGCGUUUCUGCUUGGUAGAGACCUCGUGCGAGCAGGAAGACUGCUUUCCGCCGAAUGUCAACGUAAAGGUCAACAAUAAGCUGUGCCAGCUGCCUAAUGUCAUUCCUACAAACCGGCCUAAUGUGGAGCCAAAGCGUCCUCCGCGUCCCGUCAACGUGACCUCCAACGUCAAGUUGUCGCCAACGGUCACAAACACCAUUAUGGUGCAGUGGUGUCCGGAUUACACCCGCAGCUACUGCCUGGCCGUCUAUUUGGUAAAGAAGCUCACCUCCGCACAGCUCCUACAACGUAUGAAGACUAAGGGUGUCAAGCCGGCGGACUAUACCCGUGGACUAAUUAAGGAGAAGCUAACUGAGGAUGCCGACUGCGAGAUAGCCACAACAAUGCUCAAAGUAUCCCUGAACUGCCCGCUGGGCAAAAUGAAAAUGCUGCUGCCGUGUCGAGCUUCAACUUGUUCGCACCUGCAGUGCUUCGAUGCCAGUCUCUACCUGCAAAUGAACGAGCGCAAGCCAACCUGGAAUUGUCCCGUCUGCGAUAAGCCGGCCAUUUAUGACAAUCUGGUCAUAGACGGAUAUUUCCAAGAAGUGCUGGGCUCCUCGCUUCUCAAAAGCGACGACACAGAGAUUCAGUUGCACCAGGAUGGCUCGUGGAGUACGCCCGGACUGCGGAGCGAAGCGCAGGUCUUGGACACACCUUCAAAGUCUGUUCAAAAAGUAGAGGUCAUCUCGGACGACAUAGAACUUAUCACAGAUGAAGCCAAGCCGGUAAAGAGUGACUUGGCUGGAAUUCCGGAUGAUCAGCCAACCUCAACGUCGAACAGUGAAACUGUUGAUCUGACGUUAAGUGAUUCCGAUGACGACAUGCCACUGGCCAAGCGUCGUCCUCCUGCUAAACAAGCUAUCGCCAGUUCCACGUCGAACGGAAGCGGCCAACGUGCUUACACUCCGGCCCAGCAACCGCAGCAAUCCGACUCCCCCGACCAGCUGGUGGCCCGACAACAUUCGCCCGAGAUGCUCCAGCCCGGCCUAGAACAACUCGAACAACCGGCGGCGACGGCGGCAGCCGUUCAUGCCACUCUUCUGGAGUCCCUGGCGGCCGCGGUUGCGGAUCAAAAGCACUUCCAACUGUUGGAUCUGGCUGCAGUUGCGGCUGCUGCUGCUGCCACGGCCUCGGCAUCGGGGCAGGGUCACAAUGCCGGCCCAUAGGCAGAGAGUAUACGCUUCUCAGUAGCACACACACCUCCCGGGCAUCCCACCACUGUACAUCAAACAUCACACGUCCCACAUCUCGCAAUAUGGUUUUCUCUGCUUUCGCUUAUCACCUCCUUAUCGCCCAGAUCGUACCUCAGAGGCUAUUGUCAUCUCCUCCAUCCGUUCAUCUGCAUUGCAUUCUUGUGGUGGCGCUCUUAAAACCGACACUGACGUUCGCAAUUCUUGUGUUCCAGGACGCAGACAUUACAGGCAGGCUUUAUAGGAGAGAGAGAGAGAGAGUGAAAGUGGGAGUCCUGAUCCCGAUCGGCCAGAUUGUUGUCUGUCUUGGCUUGACCCUUCGCCCUUUAUUCUUUUUCUGCGGUUCUCAGUCUCCACACACGACCAACAAACAACCAAGCAACCAACCACACAAACAAACCUAAUUAUAGAACUUGAAACAACUAGCAUACGCAUUCAUUAGAUAUUACCAAUAGGCAAACGCAAUUAAUUUAUUUUCUGUUAGACAUAGAAAUGCAGAACUGCAAGAGCAAUAUAGCAUUGGAGCUCGGAGACUUUAAGCACGACUAACACACACACUAUGAUUAAGCCCUCUCCUAAAACCCGAUGUUAAUAUUAAGUUCCGCCAAUGCAAGUUGGGCCUCGUAUCCUACGCCAGAAGAAAGAAAAAAAAAAAAGUAAGAAAGUGCGGCAGCCAGCCGUGCAGCACAGCACAGCACCGACCUCUAAGCUAUUAAGUUAUUUAAAAAUUAUGUAACUAAGGACAUGAAGCGAAUAGUACAGCGGAUUAGUUUGCGACCAAUUGCCUGAAAACAACAUCAUAGACAAAUAUGAUUAAACUUGAACUUGUAUUGGCCAACCAAACCCA